AAAAAAACGUUGCGGGAAAAACUAUCUUCCGUACACACACACACCAAAGCAGGCGGAAGGCAAAAAAGCAUCAUGGAGAUUAUUAAAAUAACAGUUUUGCUGCUGUGGAGCGUCGCAUCGAGCAUGCUAGGAUUAGCGAAAGCCAAACAAUCACAUAUGCACGAGAAUCCGUCGGAUUUCAAUACCGAAGCGAGCUUUCCGCGGUUUGCUGAGCCAAUCCCGAACAUAACGGUCACGAUAGGGCGUGACGCACUGCUGGCCUGCGUGGUGGAUAAUCUAAAAGGAUACAAGGUGGCCUGGGUGCGGGUGGACACGCAAACCAUCCUCUCGAUACACCACAACGUGAUAACGCAGAACCCACGCAUUAGCCUCACCUAUAACGACCACCGGUCCUGGUACCUGCACAUCCGGGAGGUGGAGGAGAGCGACCGGGGCUGGUACAUGUGCCAGGUCAACACCGAUCCCAUGAGAUCUCGCAAGGGCUACUUACAGGUUGUGGUUCCUCCCGCAAUCAUUGAAUCGAUGACCAGCAACGAUAUGGUCGUGCGCGAAGGUACCAACGUAACGCUCAACUGCAAGGCGAAGGGGUUCCCCGAGCCGUACGUGAUGUGGCGGCGGGAGGAUGGUGACGAGAUGGCGAUCAGUGGAGAAAAUGUAAAUGUCGUUGAUGGUGAAAUAUUACACAUAACCAAGGUCAGCAGGCUCCACAUGGCGGCGUACCUGUGCGUUGCAUCGAACGGCGUCCCACCGUCCAUCAGCAAGCGAGUGCAACUCAGGGUACAGUUUCCACCGAUGCUGUCGAUACCGAACCAGCUCGAGGGAGCUUACGUCGGCCAGGAUGUCGUGCUCGAGUGUCACACGGAGGCGUACCCAGCAUCAAUCAAUUACUGGACGACGGAGCGAGGCGAUAUGAUAAUAUCCGAUACCUCCCGCACGGGCGAUAAGUUCGAAACGAUGUCCCGCAACACCGGCUACACGAAGUAUAUGAGCCUGAAGAUUCGCAACGUCGGACUGGCGGAUUUUGGCUCGUACCGAUGCGUGGCGAAAAACUCAUUAGGCGAAACCGACGGACUAAUCAAAUUGGACGAAAUACCGGCCCCGACGACAAUAUUGACAACCGAAUCACUUUAUAACAAUCGAUCAAAAGGACGGAAAGCAAACAAAAAGCAUGAUCCGAUGAUGGUUGGUGACUACGGAGUGGAAGAGUGGAAGGAAAAUGGACCUUCGAUACGACAUCCACCGGGAGCAUUCCACAACGGUGCAGUCUGCCCGACUGCACAUACCGUCACGGUUUGCUGCGGCGUACUCUUCCUGCUACACUGCCUAGUAUCGGCACUGACAUCGCAGCUUCAAUACCAACGCAGCCAGCCGAGAUGAAAGUGAGACUCCACACGCUCCAUUGGCUGGAACGGUUGCAGGGACGUGCAGCGAGCGGCAUGCUUUUACGCAAACGAUGGCAACGGUCAGCCGUACGAACGGAAACUCCGGUAGAUUAGAAAUCGUAGCACCGGGGGGGAGAAGUGAAACCAAACGAAACCAACCGAGUAAGUGAGUAGGGAGUUGCGUAGUGGACAUUCCAGAACAAAACAACAAACAUAAAUAUAAAAAAAAUAAAAUUAAAAUCCAAUCCCUUACAAAGGGAUUGUGGGACGUGGUGUAGGAAAUGGUAGCUGUAAGUAUAACCGUAACGCACCCGGCACGCGGUCAUGUUGUGAGUGUGCAUAGAAGACCAUUUUUUCUAUGCAUUUAAAACACGAAUGUAACAUGCCGGAUGAAGCUGUAGUGUUGAUUGAUUUACAAUGGUUAAGUUUAAGUCAGCUGAUAACUGUAAAGGAUAUAAGUCGUAGGAAA